AGCCAUCUAAGAAUGUCUCCGGUUCCCAAAGACCCCCAGGAGGAUGCAUAUUUCAAGUCGUCAAGGCGAAGUAUUGGGAAACGUUUUCCAUCAGCAAUAAUCGCGCCUCGGAUAAACCUCAUUGGCUACGACACUUUGCUGUUGUUGUUCAGUCGUUUAGUCGGGUUCGAGGCUUCUUGACCCCAUGAACCAUAUUGCGCCAGGCCUUCCUGUCCUUCACUGCCUCCCUGAGUUUGCUUAGUUUCAUGCUCAACGACACUUACUCUUUCUCAAUCAAUUCACUCUGAAGGAAAUGAGCAAAACUACAUUAAAGGGGUUCCAAGGCCAAGGGAUAUCCCUCUCCAAGUCAGGCUUGCCACGGCGUGCCUGGCAAACGGUUUUCGUUACCCCUCCAAGCGUCUGGGGAAAGGUGGAAAAGGAAGUGAGAUCAGCUGCAGAGCUGGGCUCGGUCUCGGCGUUACAGCGAGGCUGACGGACCCGUUCUGUAGCGCCAGCUUCCUCCCCCCGCCGAUGCCCAUGGCGGGCCGGGCCGGGCUGCUCUACUUCUGCCUAGCCUUUCCGCUGAUGGGCGCACAGCAGCAGACGAGGCAGGACCGCGGAGAAGAAGCCGAAAGAGCGGCUCUCCUGAGCCGCUGGCAGUACGAGCGUUCGCAGAAGCAGGCUGGGGCCGCGCAGGACCUUUCCCGGACGUCCUGGAACUUCCUGGCCUGCCAGUUGUGGCAGGGAGGCUGCGAGGAAGAGGAGGAAGCGAGGGCCCAGCGCGAGGAAGAGGAGGAAGGCGGCAGAGGCAUCCUGCUACAGCAAGAGUGGAAAUUGCCCAUCCUGACUGAGUUAGUCUCUACCUGGUACUGCAGCUUUGGCAGAUGCUGCACAACAGGAGACUGCAGAGUGACCAACAAUAUCACAGGCCUGGAACUAGAUCUGAACAAACGACUCCAUGGCCAACAUUUGGCAAAAGAAAUUGUCCUGAAAGCAGUUCAGGGUUUCCUGGAAACACCACAGCCAGAGAAAGCACUAACUCUUUCUUUCCAUGGCUGGUCUGGCACCGGCAAGAACUUUGUAGCUCGUUUAAUGGCAGAACAUCUUUAUCGAGAUGGCGUAAAAAGUGACUGUGUCAAAAUUUUCAUCUCAGUAUUUCAUUUUCCUGAUCCCAAAUAUAUGGACCUUUACAAGGUCCAGCUAGCAAACCAAAUCAGUGAGACAGUCCAGUUCUGUGAACAAUCCUUGUUCAUCUUUGAUGAGGCAGAGAAGCUUCACUCUGAUCUCCUCAACGCCCUUAAACCAUAUGUGGAUCACUAUGGCAACACUGACAAGAUCGAUUACCGGCGGUCCAUCUUCUUAUUUCUGAGUAACGGUGGUGGCAACAUCAUCAAUAAGGUGGCCCUGGAUUUCUGGCAAGCUGGUCAAGCAAGAGAGGAAAUCACCAUGGAAUAUUUGGAACAAUACCUGCGGAAAGACCUGCUGGAUGCCCCAGAUGCCCACAACUGUCUUCUUCAGGAGAACCUCAUAGACUUUCUGGUACCUUUCCUGCCCUUGGAAUAUCACCAUGUGAAGCUCUGUGCUCGGGAUGCGUUUCUUGCUCGAGGUCUACAGUUCACUGAAGAGGUGCUAGAUAAGGUUGCAAGGACGAUGGUGUUUGUUCCCAAGGAGGAGAAAUUAUUUUCUGCCCAAGGUUGCAAAUCAGUCUCCCAGCGUAUAAACGACUUCCUUCUUUGACAGGGGAAGGUGGAGAAGACUGCAACUGAGUUUAUUCUCUUUUCUCUUGUAUGAGGGCCAUAUACUUUGUUGUAUUUAUUGCACUUUAACUAGUGUAAUAUUCCCUACAUUCCCUAUAUUAUUGGGGUUGCCAGGCUGAAAAAGGUAAGAAAGCUUCAUUAUGGAGCUGGAAUCUACAUGAGUGGUGCUGCUGAAAUAGUAAUAUAUUCAGAGUAUUUUUCCAAUAUUGGAUACAAAUGAUGCUUUGGGGCCACAUAUUCUUAUCCACUAUAUUGAGUGGGUUUUUAGACAUCAUGGGGAGAAGGCCCCAUCUGCAAGAUGCGAGACAGACUUAAUUUUAUUUCCAAGUCUGAGAUGUUUGAUAAUUACUUGAAUCUAGCAACUUCCUAGUCUGCAUUCCUAGUGCGUAGCUGGAUAGGGAACUAUCACAUUUACUUGCAAUUCAGUAAUCUACAUCUUCUACAAUUCUUGUGUUGAAAUAACGUAUAAAGGAAAGGUUUUGCCCCUUGUUAGAGGCAUGGUGUCUGUAUUAUAUAUAUUUAUAUUAAUCUUUUAAAUGGGGACAUUAUUACAUGUACUUGUGCUGACAAAAUGCAGCUAUUUGCACUUUUCAGAGUCUAUAUAUCAAGACAAAUAUGUGCCAUUCUUUUAAUGAUAACUUUUACAAUAGCACAAAUGACAUACUUCCAGUCCAGCACUGAAAUUGAGCAAUGAGGUUCCAGUCCUAUGAGAUCAGCACUCCUUGCGUAAGCCAUUACUUGCUGGUAUUGCACUUUUGUUGUCUUUGUAAAUUAAAAUGUGAAAAUGGAGUGUGGCUUUUGUGGGAUAUUUAAGCAUUCAUAUCAGGACACCUGCUUUGUCAGAGUAAAUGUAACACAGAUUUAGCCUGGCCAGAUAUACUGAGUGUAUAAGGGCUAUGUAUGUACACAGACCUGACUGAACACACAAUUUAAGUUUUGAAAGAUACACAGAUGUUGUGCAAAACUAACCCAUAUGUGGAAGAACUGACUUUGAGCCAACAAAGAUGUCCCCAGUGUCUAGCCCUGAUACAAUCCUCCAUUUCCAGGAUUUUAAUUUAGGAGAAAUAGAAAUUUUAGAUUAUAGAUUUUGGGGCAAAUGAUUGAGCAAAUGGGUCUUUUGUUCACAAAUUUUAAGAGUAAUUCUUCACAAUUGCAAAAUACAGGUAGACCUCACUUAGCGACUGUCUCGGGCAGUGACCAUUUGAAAUUAUGAUGAAAAAGUAACUUUGCACCAAUGCCUGCAAUUAUGACCUUCACAGCAUCUGUCAUGUGUUUGCCACUGCAGUCAGUACACAUCCUGUGCCUGACCCUCCCCCCCUUGCAAACAAGCAAUCUCUUCCUGAGCUGCCUAUCUCCACAGCGCUUCCCCAAGAGAUACCAACAGCAAAUUAACAAGGUCAGCUCUUUACCCCUAAUGAGCCAACUGGCAGCUGUUGCCUGUAAUUGAUAAGACUUAAAUCAUUUUCAUGCCUUUGGCUUUUGUUUUGUCUCCUAAGCUGUUGGGAGCCAGGAGCAAGCUAGGCAAACAACUAGUGCCAGCGUAUUCCUUUUGCUGUGUAUCCCUCAUUGUGUGCCUGCUUUGGUUUCUUGUAAUUUCUUCCUCUCCAAUGAAUGUAAAUACAAACA